UAAGCAACCGCAACAAACCGCGAACCAAUCACGCAGCGCCCUAGAGGCGGUUGCCAUGACCGCAAUGGCUGGGACAUCCGGCGUUCCAAGGUUGCCAUGAUACGCGAGUGGCGAGUAUUUUCUGCGUGUUCGCACUGAGGACUGGGCAAGUUAUCUCAAGAAACCCGUAUCUGGAAUUGUGGAGCUUGUAAAGCAGUAUGACUGGCAUGGCGGCUGGCAAGGGCACAGAUUUUGAUGAUUCUGCUGAAGAAGACACACAGCUAAAACUUCAGAUGCUUCUUGCACCCUCUCAGAAAUCUGAAGACAAACAAAAGGAUCACUGUGAUUACCUGUUGGAUGCUUUGGAUGAACAAUUGGAUCAGUUACAGCCACGGUCAAGUUUUAAGAAAGUAGAAGACAACAGACCUAAAAAGUUAGAAAAUUCUUCAGCAGAUCUGGAACAGUCUCAUAGAAUUGUUUCUCAGGAACCCAGACAUGAACAUUCCAUUGAUUCCAGUAAAGAAACAAAAAAGUGUAAGAAAGAGGAGUACAAGUGGAGGCUUUCUCACCUCUUAGGCUCUGAGCAAAGCGAUGCCCAGGAAUACCACAGUGACAAUUCUACAGAAAGUGUGUGCACUGAGGACUUUGUAAUAAAGUUCAAAAAAGGCAUGAUUGACCCAGUAGUUAGUGGUGGUAAUGAUGAUCACAUCAUGAGCAGUUCAGAAAAGAGCUAUGGAGAUCAUAAAGAAACUUUGGGAGACAUACUUGAGAAGAUGGGUCCCCUAAUGGAAGACACAGGAGAUCCUGUGCCCCUAAACACAGCAAGAAGAGAAAAUUUCUUGCAAAAAUUUAAAGAAGAGUUACAAGUUGCACUAUCAUUUAGCGAUUCAGACCAAGCUGAAGAAUGUGCCAGGAACAGGAGAGACAGUUUGGAAUCUCUGGGAGGAAGAAUAUCAAGACUUAGCCAUGCAAAAAUUUCAGAGCCUUCAAGCCUGCUAAGCUUUGGGAAAGGCAGUUCAGUAGCAAGUUAUUUGCCAUCCAAAAGUGCAGGUGAUAGCCAGAAAGGUUUGGGUUCUAAGGAUGAUUACUUAAUUACCACUUAUGCUAUUUAUCCCAACACCUUGGAAAAUGCAAAAGUCAGUAUGAAGAAUCUGCAGGAAACAAACCAGGGUUUAAAGGUAGUGGCAACGGGAGUAAAAAAAACUGGGAAAGAUGGUCUAGGGGCCCAAGUGUCAGAGUCCCAUUCUUCGGACACAGGAUCAGGUCCUACUAAAAUGCACAAUGAUCAAAGUUCACUAGAAUAUUAUAAAGAAGAAGGAAAAACAGAAAAUACCAGAAGUCUAUUGCAAACUAAAGGUCAAGUAUCAGAGUCAGAAAUACCAAAAGCAAGCCAAAUGGAGGAACUGGAAGGCUCACAAAAAGGUUGCUAUUUGAAAUACUUAAUAUACAAUAAAAAGAAUGGUGGUGUAAGUCAAGAAUUUGGCAAUAAGGUUCUUAUAGAUGAUGCUGCAGGAACACUGUUAUCCAGAGAUUCGACAGAACAUUCUGAAAGUGAUAAAAUGCUUGCAGAGCAAGAAAGAGAAACAUAUUAUGCAAAAACGCAGGCAUCAUGGGAAUCAAACUUCAAACCUGAAUUAAGUAUCAAAGACAAAGUGGAUAGCCAGACUAACAUAGACGUCUCCUUAACAGAUGACAAGAUUGGCAUUUCACAGUAUAAACAUGUGGCUGGUAUCCCGUUGAAGAGUUUUGAUGCAGUGACAGUCGACAGUGAUCUGGACACGGUGACAACAGAACGAGUACGGAAUCACAUCCGAAAGGCCAUGGGAACCAAGAAAGAUCCUGCACACAACACAAAAAGAUUGAACCGGCAUCGCAAUGAGCUCUUAAGAUACUCCAGUAACGUGUCCACAGAUGAUGAGGAAGAGGAGGAAUAUCAGAAGUCCUUCACGGAAUGGAGGAGCAGAAGUCUCAAGAGAUGGCACUCAGACCCACACAAAGCAGCUGAAAGUACCUGGGAACACAGUGUCUCCAGCCUUCCACCAGAUUUAAUGAAUUCCCCUGAAAUUGGGCAGCACCACAGACUUCUAGAAGAUCUUGCAAGAGAGAAAGAGCGUCAUGAAGAAUAUGUUGAUAAACUUCGCAGGGACAUAGCUCUUGAAGAAGAGAGAUUAGCUCAAAGGAAAUCUCAGCACCGGGAAGUUGAUGAGUCCUUUAAUGAUAUUCUACAGCAAAAGAAGGAAGCUUACCUAGAGUUGGAGUCCCUGCAAGAUUUACUAGAUCAGACUCAAAAGGAGGUUGUGAAAAUGGAGACACGCUUAAGGGAGAACCAGAUCACAACUGAUGAAUUCAGGAAUGAGCUGGCAGUACUGGAAUACAAGCGCAGUGAAUGCCUAAAAAAUCUUCAGGAUCUAGAACUGGAACUGGAAAUGACAAAGCAGCAGUGCUCAAGUGCCCAGAGCGGCCAGAUAGCCAGUCUCCAGUAUGAGAUCUCUUCACUGACAGGUGAACGAGAUGAGCUAAAGGCCCGUUUACGGCACCUGGAGGGCAGCCUUUCAUUUUUGGAACGUCAGGAACUGGAACGUCAGCUCACUUCGGCAAAGUCUGAACUCUUUUCAGAACAACGGGCAGCCAGGGCCAGGACUGAUAAACUUCAAGAGAAUUUAGAAGAGUCUCAGUGCAAGUUGGAGGACAAGACUGCAGAAUGUGCAGAGAUGCAGGAGAAAACCAAGCAGCUUAAAUCUCAGCUCCGUGAACUGGAAAAAAAAUAUGAAGCCAAAAUUCAGAGUCAGGCAGAAGAGGCCACUGAAGAAAAAGAUGCACUGAAUAAACAAGUCACAGACUUGAGUUCCCACGCAAGGGAGCAGAAUACAAAAGUAACCUCUCUGGAGAAGAUACUGUCUGAAAAGGAGCUCGAGCUGAUGAAAAUGAGAGAUAUUAUAUCCACCCUAAAAGCCGAUAAGGAAGCACAGACGCUGGCCACAGACUGCCUAAAGGAACAACAAAACAAGCUGGUGAUGGAACUGCAGCUUCAGCACCAGCACGACAAGGAUAUGCAGAUCACAAAGCUUAAAGAGGAGUUGGAAUGCCAGAAACUGAAGGACAUCCAACAACUUGCAGAAAAUAUGGAACAGGCUAAAAUGAAAGCACUACAGGAACAAGCAGAAGCUCUCAGAAAGGAGGCCAAUAAAGUUGUAAAGUCCCUGGAGGAAAAAGACAAAGAAAUUGCUAAACUAAAAGAGGCCCUAAAAUCCCAGAAGGAUUCUAUGAAAAAGCUUGCUGUAGAGCUGAAGCAGGAAGCAAGAGAGAUGGUGCACAAUACACUGCUGCGAGAGCAGAAGAAGUGGGAAAAAGAAAAGAAGGAUGCACUACAUAUACAGAAACACACGUUAGAGGAGGAGAGGCUUCGAGCCAUGGCGGAUCUGCGUGAAGCUCUAGAGAGGGAGCGUAGAACAAACAUGAUGUUAGAGAAGAAAUCUGUUGACCUCCAGAAUAUUAUUCAGGAACAUGAGGUUCAGAAUCGCUCACUCCAGCGGGAGAAACAAGAUGCCUUAGAUGAACUCCGUGCUAUUCUAAAAGACGAAAAUCAAGAAGACAUGAAAAGACUACAGCAGGAACUAGCUAAAGAGCGAGAGCGAGAUAUGGAGCGCCUAAAGCUCAGGCUGCAUGAGUUGGAGGAAGAGCAUCAUGUUCUACGAGCUGAAAAGAAUGAGGCCAUCUUCCGUGAAAGAGAAGCCCUAGCCCAGGCUGAACGUGCUGAGAAAACACUGGCUAGAGAGAUUAGUUCUGUAUCAGAGCGUAUCCAGAAUUCCAUGGGCCGGACCAGAAUACAUAGUCCUUCACACAACAGGCAUGGCAGUCCCUCUCGCCUCUCUACCAACCAGGCACUGCAGAUGCUUCAUGGAGUAUGUGAUGAAACCAACCAGCUUGUACAUGAAUUACAGCAGGAAGUAGAAGCUCAGAAGCGCACAGUUCUUCAUGUGCAGAGAGAAAAGGAGCGAGAAUUACAGCAACAGAAAGAGCAGUUGCAAUUAGACAAGGAGAAGGCGCUUGAAUUAAUGAAGGAAAGGCUUAUACAGGAGCACAUUGAAGAAAUCACCAACCUGCAAAGAGACCAGCUUAGGGAUUCUAGUAGUGCGGAGAGUCAAUCUUUGCGGCAGCAACUGCGGGAGAAGGAUAAUGAGCUGCGCGCUAUACAAAGAAAUAUGGGCAAAUGGAAAGAUGAAACUGCUGCAAAGCUUGCUCGCAAAUUUGAAGAAGAGCUAAACGCAGAAUUAGAAAAAUGCAAAGUGGAGUUUUUAAAAGAAAGAAGUCUGUCCAGGAGUAAGGCCUCAGAGAGUCACCGAUACACAGAAAGAGCUGGGUCAGGAAUGCGAAGGCUUUCAGUGCAAGAAGGAAGAGAAAAUUCACACCUCCGCUCAUCCUCCACUCCAUCUUUGAAUGUGGUAGGUGCACAGCAUGACUUUGGUGCGCUAAAGAUCCUACGGAAUCUGCAGGGCAGAGUCAGAGAGCUGCGGACAGAUAACAGCUUGUACAAUGGGGGGAGCAUGGAAGAUCUAAGUUUACUGAGGACUGAUCUAGGAAGUCCCUACAAACAAAAGAGACCAUUAAUGACUGAAAGAUCAAUGGCACACCUUAAAGGAACCAUUAGGAAAUAAAUGCAGCUUCUGCUCUUGAGAAUGGAAUAUCUCCUAGGAAUGUUCUAAAAGAUUCAAUGAAACAGUUGCAUCCCAUUGUAACACUUUUAUGUAAAGCCUGGAGAUGGACUGCCAAAUGUUUGUACCUGUGAGCAUAUUGUCUAAUCAUGUUUAAAUGUGGGUUACAUUAUGGCCUGCUGUAACUGGAAGUUGGAUUUCUGGAUUGCAUCCGUGUGUAUCCAGCACAGCAAUAAAAUCAAUAAUAUGAUCUGGGGAGGUAUUAUUCAUAGUGGCCACAUGUCCCAUUAUGCUUGCAACAACCCCAAUUCUGUAAUACAAAGGGGGACAUGGCAAGAGGUAAGAGGGCUGGGUUGAUUGGAUUUAGCUAGGUUAGGGUAUGGCCAGAUUGGCAAAGGGGGUAGAAAUAUGUUGUUUGUGUUAUUUAAAGCUUUAAUUGGGCACUCGGAGGGUUAAUUUAAUAGGGAAAUUUCAAUAUAUUGUGUUUCAAUGUACCAUGUUUUUGACAUAACACUGUUUGCAAACAAAUGCAAUGUAUUUGGCAAGGGAUUUGCUGGGAUUUUUUUUUUAAGCUGUUUUUUGUAAAACUGUUAGGCAUAUUAGUCAGUAUUAAAUAUUAGGGUAUGGUCACUCAAUUUACCACACACAGGACAAGCUGCAUUUAUAAUGGGAAGAAAAAUGAGUUGGUCAUUGUAGUUGGCAAAUCUUGGGAGAUGUAGGGGCAAAUUUAUCAAAAUGUGAGAUUGUUCACCGAAGAAAAAUUCACCCAGUCAUGGGUUUUUUAGAAGUGUAUUUAUCAAUGGAUGAAAGUUAGAUUUUACCAUGCGAUAAAUAUGCUUCUAAAAAUCCAAUAGAAAUUAUUUGAAAGUGGGUGAAUUUUUCUGUGAGCUCUCAUCUCACAUUUUAAUAAAUCUGUCCCCAAGUGUGAUAAAUAGGAGACACAGAGCUACUUGUUGCAGCUACAAAAUGCCAGAUAAUACUUAGAAUUGUCUCUGCUAAAACACAUGUAGAGACAAUUAUAAGUACUGACUAGUUUAGAGCAAGGACAGUAGCUCUGUGUGUCAUUACCCUUAGGAGUAUAAGCUUUGAAAAAAGAAUCUAUGUUUAUCAGUAGGUUAAAGCUACAAACAUAGUUUUCAUGUACUGAUUAAAGUGACAAAUGCAUAAAUGUGACAAAAUGUGGACACGAUUCAUUUCAUUUCAGUCCAUACAAAUAUGAUGAUUAAAAAUUCAGUGUUGAUAUGUGCACUAGUGAUAUGGCAGAAAAUCAGUUCUGUGAUUAACAAUUAAAAAAAAAAAGAAUAAUAAAGGAAAUAAACAGAAGGAACUGCUCGAUCCUGAUCUGUUACAACUGCAGCUAAAAAAGCACAAUAUAUAUAAACUAAAUUUCUACAUGCUGUUUUAUUUCUAUGUGCCAGUCACUUGUGUGAACCUAUCCAGGCUUCUAAAAGAAUGUCACACAUUCUAAGCAAUGGGGCAAACCAAAGGGAUUCCCAGCAGUUUGAUAUUAUCUAAUCUAUAAACACUUUCUUAACUGUCAAGAAAAUAUUUCUUUUUUACUGCUUAUAAAACAACAGAUAAAUCUGUCCCUAAAUCUCAUUUACUGUGAAAACAAGGAUUUAACUAGAAUUAUGUUAUAAACAGUUAUUAAUCAUUUUUAUAUUUAUGAGUAUUUUCAUAAGGGAAAAUAGUUUUAGUAAGAACAUUAUUAUUAACUUCUGAUGUAAGAUAAAGACAUUUUUAUGUGCAGUAUUUUUAUGCGUAUAUAUAUUACAAAUGUUUCAGCUGAAAUGAUUCUGAUUUUAAUAAAUUGUUACGACAUUCCA